AUGCCACCGCGCUCGCUUCACCACCAGCGCCUCCUCAACCGCGAGAUCACAAUCACGGAGCGGGCGGACUUACACCUCGUGUGGGCAGGCGAACGCAUUUUCGUCAAACCCCUGCCACGCUUUCUCCUUGAGCAGAGCUUCUGGGAAAAAUACUUAUGCCCUCACGAGGUGCCUCUCACCAGCAUAGUGCACGCGCGUGCCCUCGGCUUCCUCUUCUCAUACGCGGCCCUCAUAACGCACGAGAGCGACUUCCGCAUUGCUAAGGAGAUGCACCUCCUUCCCGAAGAGGUGCAGUGGGCGGCGUGGAGGGUAGCCGUUGGACAGCUGUUGGGCACACCGCUCCGCGGCUACAUGUCUCGCUGGAACCAGUACGGCUCGUUCUUCCACGACAACUUUGCGCUGCUGGCCAGCUCGACCGUCUAUAUCGCUAUCGUCCUGACGGCGAUGCAGGUCGGUCUUGCCACGGAAGCCCUGCAAGACAACGCGGCCUUCCAGUCGGCGUCCUACGGCUUCACUGUGUUCUCUAUAAUCGUCAAUAGAGACUCAGCUACAGGCUAUUCAAAAGAUCCCGUCGCUAUAGACACCAAUCAUGCUGGGUUGAACAAAUUCAGCAGCCGUGAGAAUUCUGGAUUUCAAGCACUCGAGGCCGCUAUUAACAAAAUCCGAGCUACGCCCCUGAUCGAGCUAGCAGACAACUUUUUGCUUGAGAAGCACUACACCAGCGAGAAGCUCAAGAUCAAGCGGCUAUCGGGACAAGAAUUAUCAAUGGACCAAUGCUAUAUCAAUCUCGCCAUCGUGGAGCAGGUCCAGAAGAACAUGCCCUCGCGAGACGAGGAAGCGAAAGACUCGGCGCUGAAGUCCUCGCCAUUCUCGCUUCUUGCGCGACUGAGGGUUGAGACGCCAGCAGAGCAUGUUCAAAUCCAAUUGAAAGACAUUUUCAGCCAACGCAAAACAUCCGGCGGGACAGAAAUCUCACCCAGGAGGGUCUUGAUUCGUGGACGCGCUGGGGUGGGCAAGACCACCCUCUGCAAGAAGAUGGUGCACGAUUUCGUCACCAGCGGUAUGUGGCGCGACUUGUUCGACCGCGUGCUCUGGGUCCCUUUCAGGAACUUAAAGGAGCGACCAGCCUCUGGAUAUAACCUCGAGAGGUUAUUCUUUGACGAGUUCUUUCGGCCUCAGCGAGAUAAGUCAGGCAAGCUCUUCGCUGAGGAGACCAGCAAGGCGCUCAUGGACAAUCGAACGCUGUUUGUCCUUGACGGCUGGGAUGAAGUGGAUCGCCUUGCUAACUCCAACUCUGACAUGUCCGGUUUUCUACGAGACUUAAUCCGUCAGCCUAACGUCAUCAUCACGUCGCGGCCCUCUGCUAGUGUUCCUGUUCCGGACCAGCAGCCAAUUGAUCUGGAAUUAGAAACAAUUGGAUUCAACCCAACUCAAGUGGACGAGUAUAUCGAAAAGACGCACGCAGCAGCAGACACCAAGAAGGUGAACGAAAUCAAGACUUUCCUCCAAAGCCACGAGCUCCUGGAACGAUUUCAACCGGGACCAUGGAAAUACGCUGGAGACUAUGUCCACGCUAUAUCAGGCCAUUGA